GGACUUUAUUAUUCUAGCAUCACGGCAGCAGGUUUCCAAGCUUGGAGUUACUCUAGUCACCACAACUGUAUGCCUGCUUGAAGUAGUUAAAACAGGGCACUGCAGCACAAGGAGUCUGCAUGUCUGCUUAGACAUGCUCAGCUUUGUGGAUAACCGGAUUCUGUUGCUGCUUGCAGUAACUUCAUUCCUAGCAUCAUGCCAAUCGGAAGUGCGCAAGGGACCAACGGGGGAGAAGGGACCUCGAGGUGACAGGGGUCCACAAGGUCGCAAUGGAAGAGAUGGCAAGCCUGGCCUGACCGGCCCCGCUGGUCCCCCCGGCCCCCCUGGACUUGGUGGAAACUUUGCUGCUCAGUAUGAUCAUGGAAAAGGAGCUGAUCCCGGACCUGGACCUGCGGGUUUGAUGGGACCUAGAGGACCCAACGGACCUCCCGGCCCUCCCGGACCCCAAGGAUUCACAGGCCAUGCUGGAGAGCCCGGGGAGCCUGGACAGACCGGCCCCGUUGGUGCACGCGGACCCCCUGGACCCUCUGGCAAAGCUGGAGAUGAUGGUAACAAUGGCAGACCUGGCAAGCCCGGUGACAGAGGUGGCCCUGGAACCCAGGGUGCUCGUGGAUUCCCCGGAACUCCUGGACUUCCUGGAAUGAAGGGACACAGAGGCUACAAUGGUCUGGAUGGACGCAAGGGAGAGCCUGGUGCAGCUGGUGCUAAGGGUGAGAACGGUGCCCAUGGUGCUAAUGGAACCCCUGGACCAGCCGGUCCUCGUGGUCUGAAUGGAGAGAGAGGUCGUGCAGGCCCUGCUGGACCUGCUGGUGCCCGCGGUGCUGAUGGCAGUACUGGACCCGCCGGGCCCGCUGGUCCUCUUGGAGCAGCUGGCCCCCCUGGUUUCCCCGGUGCCCCUGGCCCCAAGGGUGAGAUCGGAGCUAUUGGAGCAACCGGCCCAACCGGCCCUCAGGGAUCCAGAGGAGAGCCCGGUACCAAUGGAGCCGUUGGCCCAGUCGGCCCUGUUGGCAACCCUGGUAACAACGGAAUCAAUGGCGCCAAAGGAGCUGCUGGUCUUCCCGGUGUUGCUGGAGCCCCCGGUUUCCCCGGAGCAAGAGGAGGACCCGGCCCCCAGGGCCCCCAGGGAUCCACUGGAGCUAGAGGCCUUGGCGGUGACCCCGGAGUCGCUGGACAGAAGGGAGACGCUGGUGCCAAGGGAGAGCCUGGUCACUCCGGACCCGCUGGGCCUCCUGGGCCCGCCGGUGAGGAGGGAAAGAGAGGCUCGACUGGCGAGCCCGGCGCCACCGGUCCUGCUGGUCUGCGUGGAGCUAGAGGAGGUGUUGGAAACCGUGGCGUGCCCGGCCUGGAGGGAAGAGCUGGUCCCAUCGGUAUGCCCGGAGCUCGUGGCGCCACCGGCCCUUCUGGUAUCCGUGGACCCCCUGGUGAUGCCGGACGUGCUGGCGAGCCUGGUCUGACUGGACCCAGAGGCCUCCCUGGAAGCCCUGGGCAGGGUGGACCCCCUGGCAAGGAAGGCCCCUCUGGUGCUGCUGGUCAGGAUGGCCGUACUGGCCCCCCCGGCCCAACUGGACCCAGAGGCCAGCCCGGUAACAUCGGUUUCCCCGGCCCCAAAGGACCUGGAGGUGAGGCUGGCAAGGCUGGAGAUAAGGGAUCUACAGGUGCCACCGGUCUGAGAGGACCCCCUGGCCCCGAUGGCAACAACGGAGCCCCAGGCCCAAUGGGAGUUGUUGGCAACACCGGUGAGAAGGGAGAGCAGGGACCAUCCGGUGCUCCUGGUUUCCAGGGUCUUCCCGGCCCCGCUGGACCCGCUGGUGAGGCUGGCAAGUCUGGCAACCAGGGUAUGCCCGGUGACCAAGGUCUUUCAGGACCUGCUGGUGUCAAGGGAGAGCGUGGAAACACCGGCCCUGCCGGUUCUGCCGGAUCCCAGGGACCUAUUGGUGCCCGUGGACCCGCUGGAACUCCUGGACCCGAUGGUGGAAAGGGAGAGCCCGGUGCUGCUGGUGCUGCUGGUGCCCCUGGACACCAAGGACCCGGUGGAAUGCCCGGUGAGCGUGGUGCUGCCGGUACUCCUGGACCCAAGGGGGAGAAGGGUGAGGGUGGACACAGAGGACUCGAGGGUAACCUGGGAAGAGACGGCGCCCGCGGAGCCCCCGGACCAAGCGGACCUCCUGGACCCUCCGGAGCUAACGGAGAAAAGGGUGAGUCUGGCUCCUUCGGCCCUGCUGGACCUGCUGGCCUUCGUGGACCCCCUGGAGAGCGUGGAGAGGUCGGACCUGCAGGUCCCCCUGGCUUCGCCGGACCCCAUGGUGCUGACGGUCAGCCCGGACCAAGAGGAGACAAGGGACCCGCUGGAGGAAAGGGAGACACAGGACCCGCUGGAGCCGCCGGGCCCUCCGGCCAAACUGGACCUUCUGGUGCUACCGGACCUGCUGGGCCCCCUGGUCCUCGUGGUGAUGUUGGACCUACUGGUCUGACUGGUUUCCCUGGUGCUGCAGGUAGAGUUGGAACCCCUGGUCCCGCUGGCAUCGCCGGCCCCCCUGGCUCCGCCGGCCCCGCUGGUAAGGAUGGCCCUCGUGGUCUCCGUGGUGACCCUGGUCCCGCUGGACCUGCUGGAGAACAGGGACAAGUUGGACCCCCUGGUGUUUCUGGAGACAAGGGUGCCAGUGGAGAGAGCGGCCCCCCUGGUCCCCCUGGUACCCCUGGACCCCAAGGUCUUCUCGGACCCGCUGGAUUUGUUGGCCUGCCUGGUUCUCGUGGUGACAAGGGUCUGCCUGGAGCUCCCGGCCCCGUGGGUGAGCCUGGAAGACUUGGACCUGCCGGUGCCUCUGGUCCCCGUGGUCCCGUCGGUAACAUCGGCAUGCCUGGCAUGAAUGGCGCUCAGGGAGAGGCCGGACGCGAGGGUAGCCCCGGCAACGACGGACCUCCCGGCCGUCCCGGAGCUGCUGGCCACAAGGGUGACCGCGGCGAGCCUGGUUCCCCCGGAGCCCUUGGAAACUCUGGUCAGCCCGGACCCAACGGACCCUCUGGCGCAACCGGUAGCCCCGGAAACCGCGGAGAGACUGGCCCGGUCGGAAACUCUGGUGCCGUCGGACCCGCCGGAGCUCGCGGUGCCCCCGGCCCCGCCGGUCCCCGUGGCGAGAAAGGCGUGGCUGGAGAGAAGGGAGACAGAGGCAUGAAGGGUCUGCGCGGACACGGCGGUCUCCAGGGAAUGCCCGGACCCAACGGACCCGCUGGUGAGACUGGUGCUUCUGGUAUGACCGGCCCCGCUGGACCCAGAGGCCCCGCUGGACCUCACGGCCCCCCUGGUAAGGACGGCAGAGCUGGAAGUCAUGGUGCUAUUGGACCCGUUGGACACCGCGGUCCUCCCGGACACAUUGGACCUGCUGGACCCCCCGGAUCUCCUGGUAUUCCCGGGCCCGCCGGUCCCGCUGGCGGCGGAUACGACCAGUCUGGUGGAUACGACGAGUACAGGGCCGACCAGCCUUCACUCAGGGCCAAGGACUACGAGGUGGACGCCACCAUCAAGUCCCUCAACACCCAGAUCGAGAACCUGCUCACCCCAGAGGGCUCCAAGAAGAACCCCGCCCGUACCUGCAGAGACAUCAGACUCACCCACCCCGAAUGGAGCAGCGGAUUCUACUGGAUCGACCCCAACCAGGGCUGCAUCGCCGACGCCAUCAAGGUCCACUGCGACUUCGCCACCGGGCACACCUGCAUCCACCCUCACCCUGAGAGCAUCGCCCGCAAGAACUGGUACAGGAGCGCUGAGAGCAAGAAGCACGUCUGGUUCGGCGAGACCAUCAACGGUGGUACUGAGUUUGCUUACAACGACGAGACCCUGAGCCCCCAGAGCAUGGCCACCCAGCUGGCCUUCAUGCGUCUCCUGGCAAACCAGGCCACCCAGAACAUUACGUACCACUGCAAGAACAGCGUGGCCUACAUGGACGGAGAGAACGGAGACCUGAAGAAGGCCGUGCUCCUGCAGGGCUCCAACGACGUGGAGCUGAGGGCUGAGGGCAACAGCCGCUUCACCUUCAGCGUUCUGGAGGACGGCUGCACUAGACACACUGGCCAAUGGAGCAAGACAGUCAUUGAAUACAGAACAAAUAAACCAUCUCGCCUGCCCAUCCUCGACAUUGCACCUUUGGACAUUGGUGGAGCUGAUCAAGAGUUUGGUUUGGACAUUGGCCCAGUCUGUUUCAAAUAAAUGGACUCAUGAUAAAUUAAAAAAGAGAGAAAGAAAGAAAAAAAGAAAAAAUCUCUGCCCUUCUUUCUGUGUUGUUUUUUAUACCGAAUGCUGAUUUCCUCUGCGACUCCACUUGCUUAAGCUGGGCUCUAUCGGAGAGGACCAAUGGACUGAACGGAGCGUUGUGCAAUGCAAAUUAAUACAGCAUCCCAAAGAGACGCGGGGAAACACCAUGUUGUGGGACAUGCCAUCAUUUUGUAAAAAAUAAAAAGAAGUGUAAUAAAAACGCUGAAAGUAUUCAUCACUUUGUGGUCUUUGUAUAUCUUCCGAAGAGGAGGUUUAAAACCACAAUUCAUUUUUUAUAUUACAAAAAAGGUUGAAGCUACCUCAUGCCUGUGUUUAAGAAAAUAAUAUUGAGAACCUGUUUGAUCCACAACCUAGAUGUUACGAGUUCAAUGGCUUCAAGCUCUGUCCUGUAUCAAAGGUGCUGAAUUACUUGAAGCGGAGAUCUAUGGUGCUAAACAUGCAGCUGUGGACGAGGAGGAAACCACUCUUACUGUAUUAGUUUGUAUUGACUUUGAAGAGUCUUGCACAGGUCCCCCUGAUAAACCCCAUUUUAAGCAGGUGGAAUUCUCCUUAAUCUGGUCUGAUGUUUGUCCGGUUUUGACUUUUUAUUUUUGUUUGUUGAUUUUUUUUUUCAACUUUUUUUUUGUCUAGAAGUUUUGUUCUUGUUCAGGCAUUUUACUCCUUCAAAUCCCCCUCUUCAAUGCAGUGUUCAUGCUGACAGCACAUUAUUUCAUCCAUUUCUAAUGGAUUUUAGGCGGCCUCUCUCUCUCAAAACAAAACCACAAAGUUUAUUGUACCUAUUUUGUAUAUGUGAGAUGUUUAAAUAAAUUGUGAAAAGUUCUGAAAUAAAGCAUGUCCAGUGUUCCAAAACAACACCAUUCAAUGACUAAAGUGCUUUCAUGUUUUAUGAUGAUGAUGAUGAUACAUUAAAUGAGGUUGGAGUUGAAA